AUGCGGCGGAGAGUAAUAAUCAGCGUCCAGUUCGCUGCUCUGUUUGCUGUGUUCCUGUUCUUUGGGUUCUACAAAUAUCAAUCCAACCCGCGAGAUGUGACGGGCUACUUUUCCAGCGAGCCCGUAUCAGACUGGCCCAACUCGGAGUCAGGCUCCUCAAGGAUGUCAUUUGACCAAAAUACUGCCGGCGGUGCUGCCGGGGACGCCUCUAAUGACGCCAAUGACGAUGCCGACUACUCCGAACCGAACAGCCCACCGAACACUGGAAAUGCCACGCAGCCCGAAGUGGCCCAGUCUUAUGUCGACAGCAUCCUCGAUGAUGAAGAUGGAUCUAUCGACCGACUCAAAUGCCCUGUUCCCCAAUGGGAACGCUACAAGUACUUGCGGCGUGAUUCCGCGGAAACGACAGGAACCUCUCAUUAUCGCAAAUAUUAUUUCGCUCUCGAUCUUUAUCAAUGCGCUCCACUGCUUCCCCGACUCAUGGGGUCAGUUGUGGAGGCGAUCCGUUUUCUCGGCCCUUUUGAUUGCGCUGUCUCGGUUGUCGAAGGGCGCUCUGACGACGGUACUUGGGAGAUCUUGUCCCUUCUAAGACCGCAGCUCGAGGCAUUGGGGGUCGCUGUUUAUCUAACGAAGAACGACGUCGACCCGAUGGGAGAAGGCGUCUAUCGUAUUGAUGCACUCGCAGAAUUACGCAAUGCAGCCUUGGCGCCCUUGCAACUGUUCCGCGAUCAGUUUUCCCGGGAGGAGACUACUGUCAUCUUUAUUAACGACGUGGCCAUCUGCACGGAAGAUAUCCUGGAAUUAAUCCGUCAGCGUCUCUAUCAAAAUGCUGACAUGGUCUGUGCGAUGGAUUGGACCUACGUCGGGCCCGAACCAACAUUCUACGACGUUUGGAUUGCACGAGGCAUGACGGGAGACCUCUUCUUCAACAUUCCUCCCGAUGGGAGCUGGGAUCUGGCCUGGGACCUGUUCUGGAAUGAUCCCACAUCGAGAGCAGCUCAACAAAGUGGCCGGCCCUUCCAGGUGUAUUCUUGUUGGAAUGGCGCCACCGCCUUCACAGCCAAGCCGAUCAUGGACUGCCAAAUCAAAUUCCGGGUGCAAUUCGAGGAUGAAUGCCCUCAAGGCGAACCAAAAUCGCUAUGCAAAGACAUGUGGGCGAAAGGAUACGGGAAAAUUGCUGUGAUCCCAAGCGUCAACCUCGAGUAUAGUAAUGAGGCCGGGAAAAGGAUAAAAAACUCUAAAGGCUAUGUCAGUCGAUGGCUUCAACAAGGGGGAUCUGAUGACAAAAUCGAUUGGCAAAUCUCCCCUCCAGCCGAGGUCAAAUGCAUGCCUACUCAUGAGAAUCAAUUUUUUGAGCCCUGGGAUGCGCAACUGGCGGAAAAUGAACACUAUCCAAAUUGUAUCAUUUUGUCAUGA